UUAUAUAUACAUGUAUAUACGAUCGCGUGGCAUUUAGUGGAAUCAUUUAUUGUUUCAGCAUUAAGUUAUUUAAUAUAUUCGAUAAUUUAUACAAAUAAUUUUACGAUGGAACAGUAUUUAAAAUCGAUUAAAGUUGGAUUUAUUGGAGGCGGAAAUAUGGCUAGUGCUAUAGGCGCUGGAUUAAUUCACAAAGGUAUAUUGAAUCCAGAUAACGUUUGGGUUUCCGGUCGUACGGAUAGAACGCACAGCUUUUGGAGGGAAUUAGGUGCGCAUCCAACAUUGAAAAAUAACGAAGUUGCAAACAACUGUAAUAUCAUAUUUUUGACAGUAAAACCACAUAUGCUUGACGAUGCGCUUAACACUAUUGUAGAAAAAAAAGCUGAAAAGUUUGAGAAUAAGCUAUUUAUUUCAGUGCUCGUUGGAGUAUCUCUUGAAAUUUUGCAUACUAAACUGUCUGCUGUUGUAACUUCACCAAGGAUAAUUAGAUCUAUGCCAAAUACACCUAUGAUGGUUGGAGAGGGAAUUACAGUUUAUUGCAGUAAAAAUGCUGAGCCGAAAGAUUUAGAACUAGUAGAUACAUUAUUUUCCUAUAUUGGUAUAAGCCAAAGUGUUCCAGAAAAUACUAUAAACGCCAUUGGUAGUUUAUCAGGUUGUGGUCCAGCAUUUGCAUACCUCAUUAUAGAAUCAUUGGCAGAUGGAGGUGUGAGGAUGGGUGUGCCAAGGCCAAUAGCAACUAAAUUUGCAGCACAAGUGCUGGUAGGUGCUGGAAAAAUGGUACUAGAGACUGGACGACAUCCUGGUCAGUUAAAGGAUGAAGUCUGUUCGCCUGGAGGUAAUUCCAUUGCUGGUGUUCAUGCUAUGGAAAAAGGAGGAGUCAGAGGAUCUAUGAUGAAUGCUGUUGAGGCUGCUGCAAAUAAAGCAAAUGAAUUAGCUUCUCAAUUAAAUAAAUAGUGCUCAAUUAAAUCAAUAGUUAAUAUUUUGAAAUAAUUUUUAGAGUUAGUAAAUAAACAAUAUUACUUCGCAUCUUUUGAUCAAGCCAUUUCUUUGUACUUAAAUAUUUUAUUUAGCAGCUUUAUAGACUAUAAUAAUAGUAUGAUGUCAUGAAAUGU